AUGCAGUACUCUACCGCCUCAGGUUGUCCACCCCUACGGCAGGUCCGGGGGACUCGACUCGAUACUAUACCGGAGGACUAUCGCGAAACACAAUACUCGGUACAGAAGGAGCAGGUCGCAUCCGCUUCUCAGAAACCUGCAACAAUUCCCCGACUGAAGUUGAAGACUAGCGGUCUAUCGUCAGGGUUUCUGAGGCCGAAUCGAUUCUUCUCACCGAUAUCUGCCGGUUCUGUGUCGUCCUGCUCGGACACGGAGUGGCAACAGCAGAUGAAACCCUUUGAAGACCUCUACGAUGCCACAGACGAGGAGUCGGUAACGAGUGACGAGUGUACUUCAUUUGCCAGCACUCGGCCGACGAGUUUGACAACUCCAACGACGCGAAAUUCCAUGCUAUCGCCAAUUUCUCGUAAGCGCUAUCCGAGUUUGGCCAUUCCACCUUCGCCAGUGUGGCCAUCAUUGCAAGGUGCUUGCAAAAGCUCCCCCAUUCCUCCGACGCCACCUUCCAAGAUACCAGUAUCUCCGGCAGCUCUGUCAAUGCUUGGUCGUUCUGUUCCUGCCGUGCAUGCUCCACCCUCCCUGGAUGGAAGUAUAUCCUCGGAUCAGGUGUCGAAUCUAAGCGCUCCGGCUACUCCAGAUCUACAGUCAAUCCCUGAUCAGGACUGGGUCGUGCCAGGAGUUCAUGUUCGACCAGACUUGGAAGAUGUGGAAGACGUUGACCUCCCCGCACUCGAUGCAGAUCCAGAUGUGCAGAGCAUUGAGAUCGCCUUCGAUGCUGCUAGCGAAGAUUUAGCUCAGGUCUUGGGCCGGUUUCCUCGCAUCCCCGGUCAAAUGACGCCGCCUGCCUUCGAUAUGGACAUGGAACCGGAUUUGGUGCGGGGAGAUACGCCGUCGGACACAGGAGUACAUCUUCCCGAAGAUGCCUUGGAAACUUUACGGCACCUGUCACUCAAUAGAGUGCCAGAUCCUUGGGCCGAAUCAUCCGAUAACAACGACGAGAUGUGGCAAGUUGAGACUCUACCUCAACGCCCUCGUAGUGCUGAUGGUGUAACUCCUGCUUCUGAGCUUUCCGGUUAUAGCUUCAGCAGGUUGAGCAUUCCGUCUCCAGGUGGCUUCUUUGCUUCGUUAGCCCCACGUGCCCGCCAUACCUGGGCGAUCCCGAACGGAAACAAACCACCCAACUCUGCCACUGCUGAAAGGUUCUACAAGCUACCUUUUACCCGCACUGAGGGAGAGAUUGUUGAGCAGGUCAUUGAUUAUCCGGAAAGAGCGACGGACGAGGAGCUAACAGCAGUAUAUGAUCCAAGCGGUCCACCAACUGCUAUUAGGAUUCCCGCGGAGCAUGCCAUUGAGCCUCUUGGUACGCUGAGGAGCCCCGUGAGCACGGUUGCUGAGGAGAUGAAUCACGAUCAGAUGCCCGCUCCGUUGACAGAUCAAGCCGAGCGAGAUGAAGACUAUGAAGCUGAACUCAAGAAGAAAGCGAUGUCAGGCUUGGAUAGGACCAGUGUUUGGCUGGCAGCUCAAGCUUCUUACCUAGCAGCCUUGAACGAGACAAACCCCGCCAAUUCCAUCGACAAGGAAAGUGGCAGCGAGAUUGAGGCUCGUCAGAAGCCUAGUCAACAAGCUCCAAGCUCUCUUGCCCGCAAGAGAUCAGCCAAAUUCACUGGAGUUCUUCCCGCUGCCCCCAGUUUGCAACCUUCCGCUUUGGCAAGUAAAGAUUCGAUUUAUUGGAGAGGAUUCCAAGCUCUACGCGAUCAAUCAAGCAUCAAGGAUAUUCAUGUACAUCAACACGCUCGCUUUGAUGCUGUCCAGUCUGUUCGUGUCGGUAUGCCCGGCUUACACGUUGACUGUUUGACGGGAAAGUACGAGUUAAUUCCUACUCAACGUCCUGCAUACAAAGGACCCUUUUCGAUGGCACCUCGCAAUUCGACACUCGACUCGGCUCGGGUGCAAAAAGCUCAAUUCUCCAUAGUUGAGAAAGAGCAGUUGGUGCUGUCGCAGAUCCGUCAGGCUAUGUGGGCUAUGGAUGCACUGAGGUUUCUCAAUGGCGGUCGCAUGCUUGUCAGCCCUGCAUCAAGAAAGCUUCGUGGCUCCAGCCGUUCGCCAAAAAGGUCAACAAAUGCGAAUCAAUGCGGUGUUCGGGUUCUGGAUCUUGGAGGGCAUGCGUCGUGUGAAUGGGCGUGGCAAUUUGCCUAUGACUAUCCUGAUGCCAAAGUCACAACGGUCUACACUGGUUCCCAGGAGGUCAAUCGCGGCAUCAAAGGACCUCCCAACCACCGACAUGUUUCUGUUUCACAGCUGUGGAAGCUCCCCUUUCCCGACAACAAGUUCGAUGUGAUCUCAGCUCGUUCGUUGCCAGCUCUGCUGAAGAAAAAAUGCCCGAGCGGAGAGCUCCUUGACGAAUACGAUCUGUGCCUGAAAGAGUGCCUUCGCUGUCUCAAGCCCGGUGGCUAUCUGGAGUACUUCGGAUCUGCCAUCUCGGAGGAGUUCGUUGCCAAUCUUCAGGCCCAAGGAUAUGAUCCGAUGCCGACCAAAAGCUGGCUUGGACGCGUACAGCAGCACUUCACCGACAUCAAGCGAGCCUGGGCCUUCCUACCAAUGGGGAUCGAGCCCACCAAGACUGAGCCACCCAGAGAGACGCCGGAUCCGAGAGUCAAGAGCCUUGCUGGGGAUUACGAAGCGAUACAAGGUCCUGUCGGUAGUACUGCUGACAUUGCCAGUAUCACGGGGAUACUAGGCGGAUGGUUUUGGGAACAGUGGUGUGUCAAGCUGCAGCAAGAGAUCGGAAUCGAGCGGGAGAAGUUACUCGCAGGAGUAGGCGCUGUUUUCUUCAAAACCCUCACCAAUCAGACCGUCACCAUCGAGCUGAAAAACGACAUCCGCAUCCGCGGCACCCUCAAAUCCGUCGACCAAUACCUGAACAUCAAGCUCGACAAUGUCGAUGUCCUCGACCUGGACAAAUAUCCGCACCUGUCGUCGGUCAAGAACAUGUUCAUUCGGGGUAGUGUGACUCCCGCGAAGCGCAACGGCAGUCUGCUGAACUUCUUCCAAAAAGCCGACGGACCGCCCAAAGCCACCUCCACCCAACCCCGGAUCACUCAAUUUGCCACCAAGACCGCCCGGCCGACCAGCAAUGGCCACAGCAGCACACCGACGCUGCGCAGACAAGGGAGCUCCACAGCCAGCAACGGCGCAGGCGAUCUAUUUCUCGAGGACAAAAACCGGAACCGAUCCGCAACCUACGCAGCCCCCGAGCCGCAACGGACAGCACGGUCGAGGACUCCCGAUGAUAUCUGGGAAGGCGAGCCGGAAACGCCGGCGCCAGCGACAGCAGCGACCGAAGAAGACCGCUACAACGAGAACGGAUCCUCUGGCGUCAAGAAACGCAAGCUUGAUUCCCCGUCCGCCGCCGGCGAUGACGCAGCAGCAGCAGCACGAGCGAAGUCGUCCGAUGCCAGCGCUACCCCGGUAGCGGCGCCCGCGAAGAAAUCCCGUCACCUUAGUGGUCCCUUCAUCGACGAAUCCGAUAGCGAGGAGGAAGAGGAUCUGGAGAAGUUCCGUGAUUACGCGGAUGGGCCAUCGGUCGCAUUAACAGACAAGCCCACUGCCAAUGCGACAGAAUCGCCCGUCGACACCGAGGAAGCAGACCCCACAGCUAAAACACGACCGACGCCCGCUGUCGAGACACCACCAUCCUUGGUAAGAGAAACCACGAGCUACACCGAACCUGAUGAAUAUACGAAUUUUGACGAUAUGGAAGACGAGUUCCGAGGGGAAGAGAAUUUCUUAGAUCCCUUUGAUAAUGAUAAUGAUGAUGACGACGAACAUGAUAAUCAAGAGAAGGAGGUGUUGAUUGGAUUGGAGGAUUAUAGUAAUGGCCUGGAUGACGACGGAAAUACGUUUGGCUGUGAAGUGCCCAUUUGUCCGAUCUGUCAGACUAGUUUGACUGGUCUGAAUGAAGCUGAUGUCUCGGUGCACGUCAAUGACUGCUUAGAUGGCAAGCCUAGUACAAUACAGCCAAAAUCCGAUCCUGCGCUUGAACCCGAACCGCCAUCGAAAGCACUGACUCGUUCGGACCGGGCAGCGAUUGCUCGCCCCGCACAACGUGAUCCUUACGCUUCCGGCGAGGCUGGGGCCAGGUCAGCCUUCUCUAAGCUCAUGGCUGGAAAUGCGGAGGAUAGCGCCUGGGCAGCAGCAGCAGCCAAUGAAGUGGCAUCCAGAGGCAAGCAGGCAUAUCAACGGACCUGUCCGUUCUACAAAAUCAUGCCCGGGUUCUCAAUAUGCGUGGACGCGUUUCGCUACGGUGCUGUCGAGGGCUGCAAUGCUUACUUUCUGAGUCACUUUCAUAGUGACCACUACAUUGGCCUUACGGGUUCAUGGCGACACGGUCCAAUUUACUGCAGUCGUGCGACAGCCAAUCUCGUGUGCCAGCAGUUGAAAGUCAAUCGUAAAUGGUUGGUGCCACUCGAGUUUGAGAAGAGGACGGAGAUCCCUGGCACGGGCGGAGCACAUGUGACAAUCAUCGAAGCGAACCAUUGUCCAGGAAGUGCCAUCUUUCUUUUUGAAAAGACCAUGGGAUCUGGCCCAUCGAAACGAACGCAUCGGGUGCUUCAUUGCGGAGAUUUUCGCGCCUCGCCGCUCCAUGUGCAGCAUGCACUCUUGCGCCCGGAGGUUGUCGAUCCCACCACAGGUCAGCGUCGUCAGCAACACAUAGAUGCUUGCUACCUAGACACCACGUAUUUGAGCCCCAAAUACGCCUUUCCAAGCCAGGAAGAUGUCAUACAGGCUUGUGCCGAUCUUUGCGUGGAGCUGAACGAGGGGCAGCAGAAAAGUAACGGGCUUGCUUUCGGCUCAUCAGGUCGCUCGCCCGGGGUCGGGGGAGGGUUGAUGAGCAAGUUCGUUUCCAAAGUGACUGGCUCUUCGGGGUCGCAGUCUUCGACAUCAAGCUCAAGUGGCCGAUUGCUGGUGGUGAUCGGGACCUAUAGCAUUGGGAAAGAGCGUAUCUGUCUGGGAAUCGCGCGCGCUCUGAAGAGCAAAAUUUUCGCCACCCCGGCCAAACAGCGGAUCUGCGCCUGCCUGGAGGACCCAGAGCUGUCAGCGCUGUUGACGGAUAACCCACGCGAGGCACAGGUGCAUAUGCAGACCUUGUUUGAGAUUCGAGCGGAGACGCUGGCUGACUAUUUGGACACGUUGAAGCCGCACUUCACGAAAGUAGUGGGCUUUCGACCGACCGGCUGGACGUACCGACCGCCCGCGGGACGUAUGCUGGAUAACCCUCCUGUGUCGACGGUGCUUCAUUCGGCACAUUGGCAGACACCGUUUUCGGCACGCGACCUCGUGCCCCAACGGGGCAGCACGCGGGAAAGUGCCUGUUUUGGGGUGCCGUACAGCGAGCACAGCUCGUUCCGGGAACUGACCAUGUUCUGCUGCGCCCUUCGGAUCGGACGGGUCAUCCCGACCGUGAAUGUGGGCAGUCAGAAGAGUCGUGAGCGCAUGAAGGCGUGGGCUGAGCGAUGGGAGGCGGAGAAACGGAAGAGUGACCGGUCGGCCGCCAUGAUUGCCGACCUGCUCUCGCUGCAGGCCACCCCUUACCUUUUCUUGGGCUUGGUGGCCAUCUACUAUCUCCUCCCCUACUUACAAGUCUGGCGUCUACGUGAUAUUCCAUCUCCUGGUUUCGCUGCCUUCUCCAACUUCUGGCUCCUCCUCCAAACCCGUCGCGGAUCCCGUUUUCUCGUUGUCGAUGAUGCCCACAAACGCUAUGGCAAACUCGUCCGCAUCGCGCCCCGCCAUGUCUCCAUCGCCGAUGACAACGCGAUCCAGGCUGUUUACGGUCACGGAAAUGGUUUCUUGAAGGCGGACUUUUACGAUGCUUUUGUUUCCAUCCGUCGCGGUCUGUUCAACACUCGCGACCGUGCGGAGCACACCCGCAAGCGCAAGACCGUCUCGCACACCUUCAGUAUGAAGUCUAUUGGCCAGUUCGAGCAGUACAUCCACGGCAACAUUGAGCUUUUCGUUAAGAAGUGGACGAACAUGGCCAACACCCGGCGCGACCCCCGCACCGGCUAUGCCAGUCUCGAUGCUCUCAACUGGUUCAACUAUCUGGCUUUCGAUAUCAUCGGAGAUCUUGCUUUCGGUGCUCCCUUUGGUAUGCUUGAGAAGGAGCAGGAUAUCGCUGAGAUGCGCAAGACUCCGGAUUCUCCUCCUUCCUAUGUCCAGGCUGUUGAGGUGCUCAACCGUCGUGGUGAAGUCUCCGCCACCCUCGGCUGUUACCCCGCGCUGAAGCCGUUUGCCAAGUACAUUCCCGACCGCUUUUUCAGGGAUGGUAUGGAAGCCAUUGAGAACCUGGCUGGUAUUGCUGUCGCUCGAGUCAACGAGCGUCUGCGUCCCGAGGUGAUGGCCAACAACACUCGUGUGGAUCUCCUUGCUCGUCUUAUGGAAGGAAAGGACGGGAAUGGUAACAAGCUUGGUCGCGAAGAAUUGACUGCUGAGGCCCUGACCCAAUUGAUUGCCGGUUCCGAUACUACCUCCAACACCUCCUGUGCUAUCCUAUACUGGUGCAUGCGCACCCCUGGUGUGAUUGAGAAGCUCCACAAGGUUCUCGAUGAGGCUAUUCCCAAGGACAUCGAGGUGCCUACUCACGCUAUGGUCAAGGAGAUUCCUUACUUGCAAUGGGUCAUCUGGGAGACCAUGCGUAUCCACAGCACCUCGGCGAUGGGUCUUCCCCGUGAAAUUCCCGCUGGCAACCCUCCCGUCACUAUCUCCGGCCACACCUUCUACCCCGGCGACAUUGUCUCUGUGCCGAGCUACACUAUCCACCACUCCAAGGAGAUCUGGGGCCCUGACGCCGACGACUUUGUCCCCGAGCGUUGGGACCCUGCCCGUCUCACCGCCCGCCAGAAGGCCGCGUUCAUUCCCUUCAGCACCGGUCCCCGUGCCUGCGUUGGUCGCAACGUUGCUGAAAUGGAGCUUCUCACUAUCUGCGGUACCGUGUUCCGCUUGUUCGAGUUCGAGAUGCAGCAGGAUGGACCCAUGGAGAGCCGCGAGGGCUUCCUGCGUAAGCCUCUUGGGCUGCAAGUUGGCAUGAGAAGGAGACAGAUCGGCGCUUAG